AUGCGCCUCGGCGCCGGGUGCCAAUGUUGCGCCUUGGUGCUUUUCCUCUCCGCCAUCGACGCAGAUAUUGCGUCCGCGCGCAAGUUCAGCGGCCGCGCAUCACUAGGCCCGGGCCAGGCCAAGGUUGUGGCCAAGUUCUGCUUCGACUUCAAUCCAAACUGCCACGAUGGGACUCCUUGCACGGACCCUCCGGGAAAGCUGAGCUUCCAGGUCUCUGGCGCUCGUUUAGCCCAGACAACCGGGGUGGUGCUGCACGAGGUCAAGCCGCCUCCAAAGAUUUCCGUGGCACUCCUAGACGACGAGUAUUUCUCCUUCCCGGAGGUCUCGCAGGUCUGGGGAGAGGCGAACUGCACAGACGUGACUCGGGCGGCCAAGAAGGCCUACCCGCUCGACUGGCACCGUAUCGCCUCGGAGGAGGGCCUGUCGUUGGACACCGCCGUGGUGGAAAAACUGCGACCCCGGUGGUGGUUCGUUGCCCUCGUCUCGUGCUCCAGCCACAGCCUAGAAAUGGGCUACAGCUUUCAAAUGCAAAAUCCUCUUCAAGGGGACAACGCGCAGUUGUCCAUGGAUGAGAUAGGCAUCGUGCCAGUGUGCUUCUUCGCCUUCUUUGGCUUUGCUGCCUUGGCUGUGCUACACACCAAGUCUGUUCUCGAAUGGUCGGAGCGCAACGGAGCUCCCAGUGGUGCACGCAUUCUGCAGGCGGCUGCACUCUUUUGCACCUUCGGGCACCUUGCAUGGCUGGAAUUCUUCCGGGAGUAUCGCGGCUCAGGAGAGGUGCCAGAGACGCUUGCCUUCGUGGCACGCUCCUGCAUCAUCGCGGGGAAGACUCUGCUGCAAGUCCUGCUGAUGCUCCUGGCGCAGGGGGAUUGCGUCUGCACCCCUGGAAUUUCCUGGUCUCGACGUCGGGAGAUGGUCGGUGGCAUGGCGGUGUUUGCCUGUUUAGGCCUUUGGUUGGAGCUCUGGGGGGACCGGGAGGCGAGCGGUAGCCCGAUCGAGUACAUGUACGACACCCGGCCUGGCGUGGCACUCAUUGCCAUUGAAAUGAUGUGGCUCUAUGCCUACGUCUCGAGGUGCUUGCAGACCUGGUCCAACGAGACGCGGAUGCGCCCGCGGCACUUCUACAAGCGUUUUGCUUCGGUGCUGAGCCUCUGGUUUCUGACGCUGCCAGGAGCGGCCGACGCGAUCCGGAAAGUGCAGAAGGACAUCAAGAUCACGAACAAAGGCUCAGUUCAGAAUCUGCCGAAGGAAAGUGCAGAGUUCUGCAAGUCCGCCCGGGAGUACUGUGAGCAGAUCUGCCGUGGCGAUGCAGUGGCCCCUGCGGCCGCUGCGGCCAUGCGGCCGACGCCAGCCUUGUCGGCACCAGGCGGCCAUCCCUACCUGAAUGGCAUGCGCUAUCGAGGUGGUGGCUAUGCCAUUCUGCGGGCUCUCUGGGAUGGCGAGAAGUCCCUAACCUACGCGGGGUUCCUGACCAAGGCGCAGAUUUGCGAGAGAGGGCAGCAAUACUGCGACGUGCCGAUGAAGGACUCCUACUGGGAGGAUCGAGAGCACGGACAUGGAUGGGAGUCGAACAAGUCUCUCUUGAACUACAAGCUCAUCUCCAGGCAGAAGGCGAAGCGAAGUCCCGCUAAUGGCUUCAAAGGCCCAAAAGACCAGAUCGCGCUCACCGACGAGGGGCGAAAGUUCGUACCUCUGAUGCUCGCCAAGUUCAACGACGAGGAUGACGGUCGACCCCCUCCUGAGGCGCCGGCUUUCGGUUCGAGACCCAGAGGCCCGCCGAACAAACUGUCACAGAAGGACGAGACGGAGUUGAGGUACUGGGUCGCUGGGGCACCUGCUGGCUCCGAGAAGUCCUUCCAAGUCAGCAAGGAGCGGCGAAAGCGGCUGCAUGACUUGCUGGAGCAAUGGAACAUGUCUGGGGAAUAUGGGCCUUUGCGCCACAGCUCGCAUGGAGACGGCCGGCACCGCGUCCUCGUCGUCACCAAAGUUGGGCCUUCGGAUGCCAAGGUGUUCUCAUCGGAACCCACCCCAGGCUCCAUGGAAAGCCUCGGGAUUCCGGGUCUCCCGGCAGCGAUGGGCUUUCUGUCCCAGCCCGCCUUUCCAGGGCCGGUUGAAGCGGAGCCUUCGGAGCCUCUGGGACCGGGCCGGCGGCUGGGUGGCAAACGCCCACUGGAGGGAGGCGCCAAAGAGGCAGCAGCUGCGGCAGCGGAAAGGCGCCUUUCCGUCGUGCGGCCAGAGCUGGCGCGGAAGAGGGCGAAGCCGAACCCCGUCGUCCCGAAGACCUCGGCUGCUCCGUCAAUCGCCGGAAACAGCUCUGUGGCAGAGGUGAGUUCUUCCAGCUCAAGCUCGUCCUCGUCCUCGAGUGACUCGAGUGACAGCGAGGAUGAGGAGCUGAAGGCAGCCAAGCGGGCGUCCCUUGAGGAGAUGCAGGCGAAGGCCACGGACGAGGCGUCUGUGGCUUCGCCCGGCCGCUUUGCGCGGCGACUCUCCGCCGUUCCGGCAAGGGGCCCGGUGGAUCUUGACAUCUCGGACGACUCUCAGGGUCCUGGACAAGCAGAGGCGACGGAGGAAAUCUCCCUGGUGGUGGAUCUCCGCGAACGGCAGCGCAAUGGGGCGCCGCGAGAAAUCUUUGAGGAGCUCCAAUGUCAGCUGGAGGGCUCGGCGGAAGUCCUCUUUGAAACCCUGAAGCUCGGCGAUUACCUCUGGCGGAAGGGUGAGACAGCAUUUGGAGCCUGUGUGGAGCGGAAGACGGUGCGAGACCUGGUGUCAAGGUCGGCAAAGGGAGACCACCUGCGCCAAAUCAGGCGUCUGGGUGCCACCGGCCUGCCAGGAAUGCUCCUUCUCGAGGGCGCUCUGUCUCUGGCCGAUUCCAAGGCCAUUCCAUAUGGAGCCGAUGCUUUCUCUCGUGGCUCCACGGAUCCUGCGUUGCGAGACCAGGAGGAUGUUCUCGAACUGCUGGCCUGGACAGUGCUGUACUCUCCGUGCGACGUGCUCCUGUCCAGUGAUCCCGUGGACACCGUUGCUUGGCUGAGUGCCUGGACCCUGGUCCUCCGCGACUCUGCGUGGGCCAAGGAGUUGUCUACACCCCUGUCCAGAUGGAGAAGUGCGGCUGACACCAGCGAUGCCGAGCACAGCACGCUUUUAGAGGUUGGACGGCUUGCUGGCUUCAACAGUCGGGAAAUGGAUGCCAUCGGAUGCCGGUUCCCAUCCGUCGGAAGCCUGCAAAAGGCUUACGAAGCCUGCCGCGACACGCGUCGUCGCAGCUUGCUGCUUGCGCGGCUGCUCUGUCACGCACAAGGCGAUGGAGAGACCGACGAAGCGCGAGCCGUGCAACUCUCUAGCGAAGUGUUUGCAGCAGCUGGGGGUACAAGCCAGGAGCCUGGAAAGUUAAAGCUGCCUACGGUGCAGCUGGUGCGCUGCGCCACCCUGAACCUUGCCACGGAGAUACGUGCAGCAAGGCUUUCCGAUGCGGAAGCGCGCGGUGGAGCAGAGAGGGCACAGAUACAACUUCGCGGCACGGGCGAGUUUUCAGAUUGGCGUUCCGCACCUUGCCACAUACACCUGUUGGAGGGGACGUUCUUCCUCAGCUUCCUUCAGCGCAGCUUCGCUGCGGGGCUGGGUCCUGCAGCAGUCGCAGAGAGGGCUGCUGCGGCCCUGGUGCGAACGCUGGUGCUUUGCGACAAGGACCGACACGUGAUCCUGGUCUACGGCCUCAGGGUGGCAGCCAACCGCGCAGUCAGCCAAUCGGCAGGCUCAUCGCUGGCGGCUCCUGCAAAGAAAAUCCAGCAACUGUUCCCUGCUGUGGCGGCCGUGCUCAUCCUAAAACACAAGGUGAACACUCUGUCCUGGUCCACCAGAAAGGCCGCCCUUGAGUUCUUGGAAGCCCUGUGCGAGCAAUUCGCACGGGGCGAGAUGCUGCAAGGAUGA